AGAGACUCGUGUGUCUUUAAGAGAGCCGCAUUACAGGUGGGAUGACGCUGUGUGAGAGACUCAGUGUGGUGGGGACGAUGCGUUUCGUGGGUUAACGGCACUCAUUUCUGCCCCUGUCUCUGAUGCUCAAGAAAAGGUGGUGUCUAUUAUUCACUGCCGAAGACGGCUCCGCGAUUCUUCUCUUCAGACCCAACGCUAAUGCUGUAUCCAUGUGCAAUGCUUUUGACAGCUUUACCCCAACUAAAUCUAAAGGUUGAUGACCCUAUUGAUAUGCUCCCCAAGUCCAGAAAAGCCCUUAGCAUCCAGGAAAUUGCAGCUCUGGCCAGAUCGUCAUUUAAUGGAAUCUCACAGGUGGUGAAGGAUCAUGUCACCAAACCCACUGCCAUGGCUCAAGGUCGGGUGGCUCAUCUGAUUGAGUGGAAAGGCUGGUCUAAGCCCUUAGACCCUCCAUCUGCUACACUGCAGUCCCACUUUAACUCGUACUCCCAUCUCAGCGAGGGAGAGCAGGAGGCCCGCUUCGCAGCAGGUGUGGCUGAACAGUUUGCCAUUGCAGAGGCGAAGCUUCGUGCCUGGACCUCUGUAGAUGAGGAGGAGAUGGACGAAGAGUCCUAUGAAGAGGAUCCUGCUCUUAAUGACGAGCCAAUCACAACAACUCUGAGCUCAGACGCUGUAUUAUCCAAUCAAAGCUGCCCAGUGCCAAGUCAGGCUGAGACGGACACGGCUGAAAUCCCAUGCUCUGACGGCACGCUCAGUCAAUCCGACCCGGACGAGCCGCUCAUCUCAGAAGAAGUGCCACCACACGCUCAAGAACUCCAGCUUUCGGAAGGCUCGGGCGACAGGGUUCACAAACCGGACCGCAGGCCUCUGUGGAGCAAGGGAGACUCCUGCUACUACUCCACCUCCUACUCCGAGUCCGGCCUUUCACCUGAGGAUGAAGAGGAGGAGGAUGGAAGAGAGGUGGAGGAAGGAGAGGACAACGUCUUUCAGGAAGUCAUCCGCUGGUACAGACACUGCCGAAGCAUCUCUGAUACCUCUGGAGCUGGGUCUUUUGAUGAGGAAGAUGAGGAGGAGGGAGAACAGGAAGAAGGUUCCAAGCAGUGACGCUGUGCUCUCGCUUGCCCUUUUGUCUCGGUCCCUUUGUAGUAACCCUUCUGUGAAGUGUUUGUCCAGUCUGUUAUGCAUUCGGAGACAAUGACUUGUUUUUCUUCUCCAUACUUUUAAAGGGAUAGUUCAUCUAAAAAUGAAAAUCCUGUCAUGAUUUUUGAUCAGAAUCUUCUUCACAUAAAAUGUUACGCAGAAUCAGGGUCGCUGUAGGUAACUAAAACGGUUUUAGUCAACUAAAGUUGAAACCAUUUAUUUUAACUUGAAUUAAACAAGUUAACUGAAACAAUUUAUAUAUUCGGUGAAACCAUAAAAUUUAUCAAAUGAAAUAAAUAUAAAUUCAAAAAAAUAAAAACUACAAAAAAAUGGCUAUACGCAACAGAAUCAUUCAAACUAUAAGCAAAAAUUUAAACGAAAGUGAAGGUAAUGGAAAAUAUUAAAUAAAAUAAUUAUAUAUUCAAAAUAUAAAUAAAAAACUACAGUAUAAUAGUAUCUCUUUGAUACAAAAAUGUGCAAGCAAGUGUCAUUUUAGUAGAAUUGAUAUACUGUUAUAGUUUUGUUAAUAUUUUAGGUUUUUAAAUUAUUAUAUAAUAUAUUUUUCUCUCUUUUUUAUUAGGUUUUUUUUUAAUAUGUACUUAUAGUUCAGCAGCUAGCUGAAACUGAAUUUUGUUGUAUAUUUUAUUUUGUUUCAGUUAAAGUUUAUUUCAAGCAAUGAAUUUUUUCAAUUAGGUUUAACGAUAACAACCCCGAUUCAAGCGGUUCUUUUCCAGACAGUGAAAAUGAAUGCAAACAAGAAGAUUUUCAGGAAAAACAACAUACAUUUUAGCCACGCAAAUGAUCGUACGGAUUCAGAACACUAAAAAUAUAGCCCAUCAGUCACGUGGACCACUUGUGAUAUUUUAAUGGUGCUUAUUUAAAGUUUCCCUUUCGUUCCCAGUUGAAACUUUCAUCGUAUAGAAAAGAGCAGCAUGAACGAUUUCCAUUUGGAUAGCUGAAAGGGUUAGUUGACCCAAAAAUGAAAAUUCCCUCAUUAAUUCAUGUCGUUCCAAGACCUCCGUUCAUCUUCAGAAAACAAUUGGGGAAAUUUUUUGAUGAAAUCCGAAAGCUUUCUGAUCCUCUACAGAGAGCAAGGAUGCAGUCAAGGCCCAAGAAACUCAGCGAGGACAUCAUCGGUAAAAUAAACGACACCUUCAAGAAUUGUUGAAUAAAUUGGUAUUAUUGUUUUUUCGCGCACAAAAAGUAUUCUCGUGGUAGUAUCCUUGCUGUCUUUGGGAGGGUCAGAAAACUCAAUCGUGUUCCGAAGAUGAACGAAGUUAUUACAGGUUUAGGAACGACACAAGGGUGAGCGAUUAAUGAGAGUUAGCAUUUUGGGGUGAACUACCUCUCGACGACAGGAUUUCUAUUUUUUCCCUCUCUAUCCCCGCUUCCUCUCGAUCUACGUGUUCUUCAUUUGAAACGAGCGCUCAAGAAAACCACCGUACCGUUUCCUCGCCGACGCAACGCUCAUUACCUGCGCUCUCGGUGUCUUCGGCCUGUCGCGCGUCUGUGACGACACAUCAAGAGACUGGAAAAUCUCUGUGAGGAACGUGGUUUCAAACGUUUUCCUUUUGUGACCGUUCAAAAGUGACGUAAUGCUCAUAGUAAAAUGUUGUUAAUACUUCAGGAUUUCCCGAGGGACGGAAACGCCUCAGCUGUUUAUUUCGUUCGGGUUUAGAUGUCACGCUGCAAGUGCUUGUGUGUCCCGGCUUGCUCCAGAAGGGUCGAGGUGCGGGAGGAUGGAGCGUUGUAACUAUGAAUAGAAUGUGCCUGUUAUUAUGAUCACUGUGUGAUGUAUAUUACCAAACUAUGGAAGCCCAUUUCAGAUGCGUGAGAUAUAAUCAGGCUUUGGUAAAUCAUCAUGACAUAAAAUCUCAUAAUCCAUACCUAUGAAAGAGGUAUAGACAUACCUAUGAAAAAAAAAAGACAAAAGGUUAUUUAUGAGAAGUCAGAAUUACGAGAUAAAGGCAUAAAUCAAAUUUAGGACAUGGAAAGUUAUAUUUAUAAAAUGAAAAGUCAAAUGCGAAAUCUAUGUUAUUAGAUAGAAAUUCGUAAUUAUGACAUUUGUGAGAUAAAACGUAGCCUACAUUUUUGUCAUUUAAGUUCUGUGGACAUUUUCUCUCACUAUUGUCUGUCAGAAUUUCACUUUUUAUCUCACAAUUCUGACUUUUUAUCUCAUAAUUUCAACUUUUUAUUCUAUAAUUACGUCUAUUUUAGAAUUUCGACUUUUUAAUCUCGUAACUUCGUCUCUUGCACCAUAAUUACUUUUUAUUUCGUGAUUGCCAAAGAAUGAUUUUUUUUUUCUUUUGUGGCAGAAAUAGGCUUCCAUACCAAACUGAGUGAGAAUCCUCUACCAUGUUACUUUCUCUCUGUUCUGCCAUCUUUUUUCUCCCUCUCCGCACUUCAGUAGAUGUUUGAUUUGUGAUUGGCUGCUGAAUGAACAGGUUUUUUGAAGCUAGUUAAUACAACCUUGACAUGCAGCUACAGUAUAACAGUAGACAGGACGUAUAUGUUGCCUUUCCAGACUGCAUCCAUUCAUCGCAGAAGCAUGGGGAAGGGCAGUGUAAAUUCAUAACCAAUCGCGUUCGGCAUCAUCCUCAAUAUGACCCGGUAAUGUCAUGAUGUUCAUUGAUGUGAAUGUGCGAGUCCCCCUACGAAAACGUUUUUUUUAUUGUUUGUACAGAAAAUGUCGGAGGUCAAAUGUGAGAAUUAUGAUUGCAUUAAAGUUAUGUGUAUAUUCA